UGGGCGAUACGGAUUGUGGCCCUGUGAAGACAGCCAAGGCGGUGAUUCCCCACCGGGAUCCUCGUUCUAACGACACAUGUUGAAGACCAAGUGGAGAAUGAUACAGCCAUGAACCGAUCAGGAGGCGAUCCUGAGGAAAGGCAGACGGCUCAGAUGACCCGUACACAUUGCACAGAACGGUGACAGAGCUGUAAAUUACAGCGAUGGAUAUACAGAAGAAGCACCUGUGCCCCCGCCUGGUGGAUUAUCUCGCCAUCGUGGGGGCCAGACUGCCCCCAAUUUAUCGCCACCAUGUGCAGGUUCCAGAAUUACUGCGAAGAUAUCCGGUGGAGGAUCACAAAGAUUUCCCAUUACCGCUGGAUAUGGUCUAUUUCUGCCAACCCGAGGGUUGCACCAGCGUGGGCCCGAAACGCCUAGCCUUACGAGAGGCCACCUCUUUUACAUUCACUCUCACGGAUAAAGACUCCGGCAAAACUCGCUACGGAAUCUGCGUGAAUUUCUAUCGACCGAUAGAAAGGGUUGGAGCCGGGGCUGCUGGCGGGGUCUCGACGAAAAGGGACAAGUACAAUACCAUGUUUCGAAGGGAGAGCUGGAGAAAGAGCAUGGAGAAAAGCACGGAUUCUGCCUUCUCUAGCGACUAUAGGAGCAGUGCAGUAGGCCCUAGCGACUCUGAGAAAGAAUGUCCAAGCAGCAGAAGGGACUCCGACACUUCCCACAUACCCAGUGCACCGAGAUUAGGUAUCACUGCACCGAGUGGAGACAGCGAGAGCGGAGGCAGCCAUUCUCCGUCUCCCCGUGCUUCGCGAAGACGACAGAGGAUACGAAAUCACACGUUGACGUCUUUGUGCAUCAUCUCCCAUCAUCCUUUCUUCUCGAUGUUCCGCGAAUGCCUUUUCGUUCUGAAGAAGAUCAUCGACGUGUGCAACGAGAGCUCCUCGCCGCAGAAAGUUGGCACAUCCAGACAGACCAUCAGAGACACAGUGUGGAGUGUUCUAACGGGACAAACGAUGGAGGGAAAGCCUUCGAUAGUGUUGCACGAUGUCCGUGAGAUCGAGACAUGGAUAUUGCGAUUGCUGAGCAGCCCUGUACCAGUCCCGACAAAGACACGCGUCGAGGUGGAGAUCGUGUCGCUAACUAUGCAGCCAGCACUCUGUUUUGCACUCCCAGACCACACUAGAUUUUCUCUCGUUGAUUUCCCUCUGCAUCUACCCCUGGAACUUCUUGGCGUUGACAUAUGCUUGAAGGUCCUCACGUUGAUUCUCUUGGAGCACAAGAUUGUGUUACAAUCCCGCGACUACAAUGCCCUGUCGAUGUCCGUAAUGGCGUUCGUUACGAUGAUUUAUCCUCUGGAGUAUAUGUUCCCCGCGAUACCGUUGUUACCCACGUGCAUGAACUGCGCGGAACAGUUGUUGCUUGCACCUACACCAUUUGUUAUCGGAAUACCCGCUACUUUUUUAUUGUACAAAACGAACUUUAAAAUGCCCGAUGACAUUUGGCUAGUGGAUCUAGACAGCAAUAAGAUAAGCGCACCUACUGGUCUCGGUGAUCAAUUGCCCUUGUUGCCCGAACCAGAAGGCACCGUACUAAAGAACCACUUGAUACAGGCAAUGCUAAUGAUGGACCAAACCGGCUCUGGUGCAAUGGCCAGUAUGUCAACACCGCAACAACUUUCGCAAGACUAUUCUCCGAGGCCUUCUAUGCAGGCUCAAAGCAGAAAGGAGAUCCAUCUGUCCACUUUGAGCGUCUCCUCGAUGAAACACAGACCAAGCAUGGAUCAUCACGGGCAUCCCAUAAGUCCCUCGAGUUCUCCCGGCGGCAACGUAACUUCCGGUGGUCGUCGAUCCUCCAUGUCUCACUCGGCUGGUUCCUCGCCACCUCAGAAACCGCUCUCCUCUCAAGCAAUGCCUCCGUUCAAUCCCUUCGUCUACGGGAACGACGUAGACUCCGUGGACGUCGCGACCAGAGUAGCAAUGGUGCGAUUCUUCAACUCGCAGAAUCUCCUGGCCAAUUUCACCGAGCACACUAGGACACUGAGGCUGUAUCCAAGGCCGGUGGUCGCCUUUCAGAUCAACUCUUUCCUGAGAUCCAGACCGAGAACCAGUCAUUUUCUUAAUAAAUUCGUGAGGACACAAGCGGUGGAAUUUCUAGCCGAAUGGUCACUCACUCCGAGCAACGUGGCAUUUCUCAGGGUGCAGACCGGAGUGUUCGAUCCGUUUCAGAUCGGAGACAAGCCUAAAUGGUUCGCCGCGGAGUUAGAACCGAUUUAUUUCCCAGUUUGGGACCCCGGUAGCUCGCUGGCGAACGCUUUGAAGUCGAUGAAGGAGCACGAGACUCAACUGACAGACGAGAGCGAGUCUGAUUCGGAAGAAGCUAAGAGCACGAGUUCUUCUUACUCCUCGUUGAGCGAUUUCGUUUCUGAGAUGGUGUCCUCUGACUUGUCUCCAGGCAACAAUUGCUCGCAAACUGCAAAGCCUCAGCCGAUGUCUCUGUCGGUGGAUCCGAAGAACCUCUACAACCCACCAAACGCUUUGCAGUAUCCUGGAAUGGAGGAGGAAUCUGCUGUGAGACCGGAAAGUCCUCUCAGCACCUCCUCCAGUCAUAGUGAUCUGAGCAGUCCCAGUUUCAACAGGGACUCUGAGUUCGAGCUGAAUCCCAAGGCUCAAGAAGGUUCACAGUCGACAAAUGAUAAAGAGGAGGGCGGUAGCUUUGAGUCAGACUCAGCCUCCACAAUAACACCACGCACAAUCCUGAGGGCGCAAAGCUCGGUAGGACAGUUCGAACAUCAUUUCGCCGGAUCGACGAUCAGCGACACCGAACGUCCUGCCACAUCCUACAGGACCUCGCGUGGCUCCGGUGUAACUGGGAACGGUGUUCUGCGACAGGGGUCUCAGGGCUCGUUGUUCGAGCAGUUUGCGAACCAGGCAAAGGAUCUGGUUCGCGAGACGACCAGACAGAGCAGUCAGGAUGGCCUCCUUGCUCAGAUGGACAAGUUGAAACAUCAGGCGAAGGAGAAGAUUACGGAGGUCGGAGAGGACAAUCUUUUCGCGCCACUGGAACAGUUAACGCAACAGACGAAGAAAGCCAUGGGAGAGGCAACGAAAUCGGUGCAAGAGGCUUCGAAGACGGCUCUGGAAGCGAGCAAAACCGCGGCUGGAGUUAGCAAGAGCACUUUGGGAGAUUUGACGAAGAGUGCCAAGGAAGCUGCUGCGAAGAAAGGCUUGCUCAAAGGCCUCGGUGAUACACAGCACUCACCACCACCUUCUCCGGGAAUGAUGCAAAGAAGGGACUCGAGUAGCACGCAAUUGGUCGCCUCUGAUAAUCGAGGAGGGCGUCGAGAGAUCGGUCGUGAUUUUUUCAGCAAUAUUAGUAGCGAUUUGAAUGGCAUCGCUACUCAAACGAGUAACAUGUUAGGCGAUCUAUUUGGCAGUAAGAAUAGUUCUAGUCGAAAUGCCGGUCAACCUCAGUCGCAGAGGACGGAUAAGAAGACACCGAUUCUCGGGCCUUUUCCUAAAAACAAAACUAGACUAGUCGAGCGUUCAACUUUGAUAAAACACACGUCGAACAAGCCUAAUCAGGAGGACCUGCAGAGGAUGCAGAACGCGGAGAGGUCUAGUACAAACAGUGACAAUCAAGCUUUCCUGACUGAUGUGGUGAAUCAAGUUUUAACCGGAGAAGGCGUUGGUUGGCUAAAACUGAACAGAUUGAAGAAACUAAUGGAGGACGAGAGCUAUCGAGACUUGGUGGUCACAAAAUUGAACAAAGGUCUCAAUAAGAAGAUCAGUCCUGACGAUCAUAUCGACGACGUGUGCAUUUCGAAGCCGGUUUACAAGGGGAUACUAAAGUGCCUUCAAGCAGUGGCUCACGGUCUUGGACACACUUACAAUAACUUCGGUCUCGGUGGAAUGGCGUCGGUUUUCCAGCUGAUGGAGAUCGCACACACUCAUUACUGGAGCAAGGACCUCGCGGACGGAACUUUCGAUGCUUCUUUAAUGUCUCAAACAUCUAGUCCGUUUGGCAGCAGGGAGAACUUAAAAUCCCCGCAGUCUCCCACUCAGCACGAAUUUACAGAUCCGUCUCAAAAACCAGAACCGCCACAAGUUCACCUGGAAAUGGCACAUGGUCACACAUCACCAGCGAGCGAAGGGAAUCAAUCGACGGCUGAUAUGUUCCGGGAUAUGUUCAGCAAAAAAGGAAAGUUCCUCAGCAGGCUAACAUCCUUCGACUCUGAGAGUGGGCGGGGAGGUGGAACGGGAAGCAGCGAAGCUUUAUCCACAGACGGAGGUAGCAUAAUCACUAAUCCUGCUUUUCGGCAAGCGCACCAAGCUUCUUUCCGAAGCACUGUCUCUGAUAGCGAGGUCGAGCAAGGCAAUUUUCCACGACAACCGAAGCAACGAACAGGGAGCGUUUGGUCCAGUAAAUCUUCCGUGAGCACCGUUUUCCGGUACCAUGGAGGAAGCUUGGUACCAACCAUGAACGCUCCUAGUCCGGAGGCUGCGAGAACGUACUUAUUCGAAGGAUUAUUGGGGAAAGAGAGAUCCUCACUUUGGGACCAGAUGCAAUUUUGGGAGGACGCUUUUUUGGACGCGGUGUCUCAAGAAAGAGACAUGAUUGGCAUGGAUCAAGGUCCUGGAGAAAUGAUGGAGAGGUAUAAGAGAUUGAGCGAAAGCGAGAAGAAACGCUUGGAGCAUGACGAAGAUAGGCUAUUGUGCACUUUGUUGCAUAAUUUGACUGCGAUUCUAGUGAUGCUGAAUGUAGAUAAGAACGAGGUGAAGCGUAAAGUAAGGAGGCUAUUAGGGAAGAGCCAUAUCGGCCUGAUUUACAGCCAGGAGCUCAAUCAACUACUCGACCAAAUAAAUAAUCUUUACGGAAACGAUAUAGACUUGAAGCCUCUCACGUCCAGGCAGAUGCACCGGCAGUCGUUCACCGUGCACGCUGGCGUCGACGCAGAGGGUGAUCUUCGAUUCCUCGAGGUUCGCCACGACGGCCUCGUGUUGAGGUCCGUGAACGGCGUGAUCGUGGAACGAUGGUGGUACGAGCGUUUAGUCAACAUGACCUACAGCCCGAAGAAUAAAGUCUUGUGCCUUUGGCGGCUAAACGGUGGGCAAACUCAGCUGCAUAAGUAUUACACCAAAAAGUGCAAGGACCUCUACUACUGCAUAAAAGACGCAAUGGAGAAAGCUGUAGCCCGUGGCCGUGGUCCCCACGAGGAAGUCGAGCUCGGUGGCGAGUUUCCUGUACAGGACAUGCGCACCGGCGAGGGUGGACUUCUGCAGGUUUGCAUGGAGGGCGUGGGUCUCCUCUUCGCGAAUAGCAAGUUUUUUGUAAGACUCGAUCAUAUCCGCAAGUGCUUUACUCAGAAGAAUGGGAUCUUUGUAUUGGAAGAAUUCAAUCCUAAAACUAGACAAGUAAUUCAACGUAAAUAUAAGUCUCAAAUGGCAGAUCAGAUCUGCUACUCGGUACUCUGUGUGUUCUCUUACUUGGCCGCUGGGUUGGAGCAACGGAAGCAACCACCCAACCAACCCCAGCAACAACCACAACAGCAACAACAACAACAAGCACCUCCACAACCGCCACGAUCACAACGUCAACAGCCACAGCAAAAGCAACAUUAUCAACCAACGCACCAGCAAACACAGCAACGUGCACAGUAUCAGCAACAGGCUCAACAGCAGCAACAGGCUCAGCAGCAGCAGCAACAGGCUCAGCAGCAGCAACAAACACAACAGCAUUCAGGUAGCAACACAGGCCAAAGUGGCCAGAGCCAGAAAACCACGCAUUUCGAUUCGUAUCCUACGCAUCACUGACACAGAGGCAGACACUCGCUCCCAUUUGUGCAUAAUUACAAUAAGUGUACUCCCUACGCUUGCCUACCUUGGGUGUGAAGCAUCAUUUCUUCUCCCCCCCCACUCUUCUCAACUAAAAGAAAAGCAAAAAAAAAAAACACAAAAAAAAUCUCUAAUCUAAACGAAAAAAUCUGAUCUCUUCAAAAACUCAUUCAACGCAAGUAAAGAAAAAAGGUACGUACAUACAUAAUUUGGAAUAUCGUUGCACGCGCCCUAGCCCUUGAAAAAAAGGCACACGAAAAAUCAUCCCUCCGAUCGAAUUCUGAAACGAUCAACUCCUGAGUCUCAUCGUCUAGCUAAACGUACGAGAAACUUCGACUUUCGCAUUCUAUUCGAGAAAAUCGUUGCGAACAGACUCUGGAUGUCUCGCGAUCGAUAGAACAGAGGGGAAGAAUAGAGGGAUUCGUGGCGGAAAACGCGAGACUGACGGGUUGGUGGGAAAGAUCGACGAGAUAACAACGGAAAAAUAAAGGGUUGUAAAUUUGGCGAUAGAUAUAUAUCGAAACAAUACGGAAAACGGAAUAAAAUUCGGCCGAUCUGAACUUGGUGAAAUAUGGAAGAAAAUAAUAAAUUGGCUCGAUGAAUCGCGACACGCGAGGCGCGUGUCGCGUUUGUAAUUAUUUGCAAAGCGGGAGCCUACAGGUGUAACAACAACAAAGGAACCGAGAAAGAGUUUAAGGAACAUUCUCUUUUUUCUUUUUUUUUUUCGCUCCGAGUCUAACAGAGAGUAA